UCAAGAUGCACACGUUGCUAGCAUGUAUGCACGUGGCAUGCAUAUGGCGCGCUAUCGUGCCAUGGUACUGCCGGUAUUGACAUCGAUUACAUGUCUAACAUGCAUGACAUGUAGUUGUCAUUACAUGUGCAUUAAAGAUCCUGUGAUCGUGCCACAUCGUUUACACAGUCCUUAGUAGGUCAGCUGUUUUGAUUUCGUGAGCUGAUUUUCUAGUCACAGUAACGUCGAAAGGGAAACAAACGUGCUUGACCGUGUUCUGCUUCUGAGUCUGACUGACUGACAAGCUGACCUUGUUUUCGUUUGGCUUCACAGUACAUUCAUCACAGUACUAACUACACUUCUAGCCUAACAAACCAGAUUUCCUUGAUUAUGGCCCUAUUCAUGCUGUCAUAGACCUGUUGCAGUUUAAUCUUCAAGAAUGGCUCAUCUGACAAGGAUCGCAUCAGCUUUCAAACAUCAUGUGAGUCCACAGCUUGGAAGCCUGAAGCUACGAUGGCUGUCCACAAGUACAUCAGCAUGGGCUAGCCUGGACAAGCCAAGGCAGGCCUAUUUGGUGCUGGAUGAUGGCAGCAGAUACCAAGGUUAUUCCUUUGGCCAUGAGACAUCCGUUGCUGGGGAGAUGGUCUUCAAUACUGGACUCGUUGGUUAUCCAGAGUCCAUGACUGACCCCAGCUACAGAGGUCAAAUUUUGACUUUGACCUACCCCCUUGUUGGCAACUAUGGCGUGCCGGACACCAACAUUGAGGAUGGGAAUGGCCUCAGGAUUCAUGCGGAGUCCGAGAAAAUACAGAUAACGGGUCUUCUCGUACAAGACUACUCUAAGAGACCAAGCCACUGGGCGUCUGUCAAGUCAUUGUCUGAUUGGUUGAAAGAGGAGGGUGUGCCAGCACUCUACGGCAUUGACACAAGGAUGUUGACCAAGAAAAUCCGAGAUACGGGAACCAUUCUUGGCAAGAUUGAAUUUAAUGAUCAGCCCAUUGACUUUGUGGAUCACAACGCAAGGAAUCUGAUGAGCGAGGUGUCAACGACGGAGACCCAAAUCUUUGGCAAGGGUAACCCCCACAAGGUCAUUGCCAUUGACUACGGAAUCAAGAACAACAUCAUUCGCAGCCUUGUGAAGAGAGGUGCAGAAGUUCACUUGGUUCCUUGGGACUAUGAUGUGAGUAAAGACACUUACGAUGGUCUCUUCUUAUCCAAUGGACCUGGUGACCCAGCCCUAGCAACAGCGGCCAUUGAAAAUCUCAGGAAGGUGAUAGAGCAAGACAAGCCCAAGCCAGUCUUUGGCAUAUGUAUGGGUAAUCAGCUGACAGCAUUAGCAGCGGGGGCCAAGUCCUACAAACUGGCCCUGGGGAACAGGGGUCACAAUCAGCCUGUCCUCAACAUGAUCAGUGGCCAAGCAUUCAUCAUCCAGAAUCAUGGCUAUGCCAUUGACGAAGCCUCUCUACCCAAAGAGUGGAAACCAAUCUUUGUCAAUGCUAAUGACCACAGUAAUGAGGGCAUUAUGCAUGACAGUAAGCCCAUCUUCACAGCCCAGUUUCAUCCAGAGCACAAGGGAGGUCCUACUGAUACUGAGUUUAUGUUUGAUACAUUCAUGGAGCUUGUGAAGAGCGGUCAGAGCGACAUCAAAGCUGCCAUUAGCCCAGUAUUCCCAACACCAGAACGACUUACAGUUUCCAAGGUUCUGGUGUUAGGAUCAGGAGGUUUGUCUAUCGGUCAAGCUGGUGAGUUUGACUAUGCUGGAUCACAAGCCAUCAAAGCUCUCAAGGAAGAGAACAUCCAGACAGUAUUAAUGAACCCCAACAUCGCCUCAGUCCAGACCAAUGAGUACGGUGAGAAACAGGCCGACAACGUCUACUUUGUUCCCAUCACUCCUGAGUAUGUCAUCGAUGUCAUCAAGCGUGAGAAGCCUGAUGGAAUACUGCUAUCUAUGGGAGGCCAGACAGCACUGAAUUGUGGAGUAGCGUUAUUCAAGCAGGGUAUAUUCAAGGAGUAUGGAGUCAAGGUCCUCGGAACUUCAAUAGAAUCCAUCAUGGCCACUGAAGACAGACAGACAUUUAAUGACAAAUUGAAAGAAAUUGGAGAGAAGAUUGCCCACAGUUUUGCUGUUGAGUCGGUUGAAGAGGCUUUGGACGCUGCUGAUAAGAUUGGCUACCCGGUCAUGGUGAGAGCUGCAUAUGCAUUGGGUGGAUUGGGGUCAGGGGUCGCCAAGGAUAAAGAAAAACUCAACGAGAUUGCUACACAGGCCUUGGCAUUGUCAACUCAGCUCCUGAUUGAGAAGUCACUGCUUGGUUGGAAGGAGGUUGAGUACGAGGUAGUGAGGGAUGCUGCCAAUAACUGCAUCACUGUCUGCAACAUGGAAAACUUUGAUCCACUUGGUGUACACACAGGUGAUUCUAUUGUCGUGGCCCCCAGCCAGACUUUAUCCAACCAGGAAUAUCACAUGUUGCGUGAGACUGCUCUGAAGGUAGUCCGUCAUCUCGGUAUCGUUGGGGAAUGUAACAUCCAGUAUGCUCUGCAUCCCUCCUCCUUGGAUUACUGCAUCAUUGAAGUCAACGCUAGGCUGUCUCGCAGCUCAGCAUUAGCAUCAAAGGCAACAGGGUAUCCGUUGGCUUUCAUUGCUGCAAAGUUAGCGUUGGGUAUCCCACUACCGCAGAUCCGCAAUGCUACCACCCAAUCCACCACAGCAUGCUUUGAGCCUAGCUUGGAUUACAUUGUGACGAAGAUACCACGCUGGGACCUGGAUCGCUUCCAUCAGACAUCCAGUGUCAUUGGUAGCGGCAUGAAGAGUGUUGGGGAGGUCAUGGCCAUAGGGCGUACCUUUGAGGAGAGUUUUCAGAAGGCGUUGCGUAUGACCCAUCCGUCCAUUGAUGGCUUCUCACCCAAGAUGCCCAUGGGAAAACCCUUCCCACCCAGUCUGGAGGAAGAGAUGAUUGUACCAUCCAGCUACAGGAUUCACAUCAUUGCAAAGGCUCUUCAUGAUGGAUACACUGUUGACCAGAUCCAUGACCUGACGGCCAUUGAUAAAUGGUUCCUACACAAACUGAAACGGGUCACCGACAUUGAUCAGACAUUACUGAAGCUUGACUCGAACUCUGUUUCCUCAGACAUGCUCUUGAAAGCCAAGAAAGCUGGUUUCUCUGAUCUGCAGAUUGGAAGUAGGCUGAAGAUUGAUGAGACAGACGUCCGUGUACUCAGGGAGAAAAAUGCAAUCAAACCUUGGGUUAAACAGAUUGACACCAUGGCUGCAGAGUACCCAGCUAAGACCAACUAUUUGUACUGCUCCUACAAUGGCAUGGAGCAUGACGUCACCUUUGAUGACCAUGGUACGAUGGUGCUAGGAUGCGGUCCCUACCACAUAGGUAGCAGCGUUGAGUUUGACUGGUGUGCAGUGUCCUGCAUCCGUUCAUUGCGUGAGAUGGGCCACAAGACGGUGGUUGUCAACCAUAACCCAGAGACUGUCAGCACAGACUUUGAUGAGUGUGAUCGACUGUACUUUGAGGAGUUAUCCAGAGAGCGAGUGCUUGAUAUAUACAGCCAUGAGAAAAGUACGGGUGUGAUCGUAUCAGUUGGGGGUCAGAUCCCCAAUAACUUGGCUCUGCCUCUGUGGAAUGAUGGCAUCAAUAUACUGGGGACAAGCCCUGUGCAAAUCAACAAAGCUGAAGAAAGGUCCUUGUUUUCAGCCAUUUUGGAUGACAUCAACGUGAGUCAGGCACCCUGGAGGGCACUCUCCUCAUUGGAUGAAGCUCUAGACUUUGCAGCCAGUGUCGGCUACCCUUGUUUACUGCGUCCUUCAUUUGUCCUGAGUGGCUCAGCAAUGAAUGUAGCCUACGGCCCUGAUGAACUGAAGAAUUUCCUCGCCGCGGCAACCAUGGUAUCCCAGCAACAUCCGGUCGUCAUCACAAAGUUUGUUGAGGGCGCUAGAGAGAUUGAGAUGGAUGCAGUUGCACAGAAUGGAACGGUUGUUGCCCAUGCCAUCACGGAGCAUGUAGAGAAUGCAGGAGUCCAUUCUGGUGACGCCACACUCAUACUGCCACCACAGACCAUCAGUGCUGAAGUCAUCAACAAGAUCAACGAAGCUACUGCUAAGAUAGCCAAGAAGUUUGAAAUCUCGGGACCGUUCAAUGCUCAAUUUCUGGCCAAAGAUAAUGACAUAAUGGUGAUUGAGUGUAAUCUGCGAGCCUCUCGAUCCUUCCCCUUCGUCUCCAAGACGAUCAACUGUGACUUCAUUGACGUCGCUACCAGGGUGAUGCUGAAGGAGCCCCUAGAUCGCAGUAUGCUGCCCUCACUGGACAAUCCGUGCAUCCCUCAGGACUAUGUGGGUAUCAAGGCCCCAAUGUUCUCCUGGCCUCGUCUGCGAGAUGCUGACCCACUGCUGAGAUGUGAGAUGGCAUCUACUGGGGAGGUUGCUUGCUUUGGGCCAAAUAUCCACGCAGCAUUCUUGAAAGCACUGCUGUCAACAGGCUUCAAGAUUCCCAAGCGCAAUAUCCUCAUCGGCAUCCAGAAAAAGUUUGAGCCGGUAUUCCUGCCAACAGCCCACAAACUUCACCAGAUGGGAUACAAGCUCUUUGCCACUGAGAAGACAGCUGAGUAUCUGAAUGAGCACAACAUUCAGGCCAAAGUGGUGGCCUGGCCACUAGCUGAUCAGCAUGAGAAGAUAGAUGCGCCAUCAGCAAUCAAAUUUAUCCAGAGCAAAGAGAUUGAUUUGGUGAUCAAUCUUCCCAAUAACAACACCCGCUAUGUGCAGGACAAUUACCUGAUCAGACGCUCAGCCAUUGAUGCUGGAGUACCUCUCAUGACAAACUUUGAGGUUGUGAAGCUUUUUGCACAAGCGCUGGACCACGUGGGUAAACUGGAUGCCACGACGCUAUUCCACUUCAAGAAGCCUUGGCACACCACGAUGAAAACACAGCAUUAAAGGCCUCCAACACCACGAUGAAAACAUAGCAUUUAAGGCCUCCAACACCACGAUGAAAACAUAGCAUUAAAGGCCUCCAACACCACGAUGAAAACAUAGCAUUAAAGGCCUCCAACACCACGAUGAAAACACAGCAUUAAAGGCCUCCAACACCACGAUGAAAACAGCAUAAAAGGCCUCCAACACCACGAUGAAAACACAGCAUAAAAGGCCUCCAACACCACGAUGAAAACACAGCAUUAAAGGCAUGCAGUUGGUCUGUAUCAAUCUUGCAGAUCGCCCAGUCUCUCUUCAUUGGACGCAAUCUCUCUUUAGUUUGACUACAAUUUGAAGUACAAGGGUUCUUUUGCAAAAAGUAAAAAAAAACACCUAUUUUAUUUUUUCAAUAGACCUUAUGCGUUGCCUCAGCAGGUGUUAUUUAAAUUUAGUCCCAAUGAAUGGACAAAAAGGUUUCAUACAUAUCCCAGCUGUACAAAACCACCUUGACGUAUAAGCUCUAUAGACCAUGUGCCCUGUGACAUCAAGCUGACAGGCAAAGACAGGCAACCCAAACGUUGAAGCAUCUUUUGCAUGUGAUUUGGCCCACAUUAAAUCAACAAUUUUAAAGCAUUCACAUUUCAAGAGAUAAAACACAUGCAGGGCAGAAGAGCACCGUUUGCUGAAAGAUAACGUCACGUGACCACAGCAUGCAAUUUUGUCACAUGGUCAAUAGAGGGAACCCUACAUAUCAGUCCAAAGAAAACAACCCUUGUAAGGCUACAUUGUGAAGAUUUCAUUUGGAUGAGUUGCUUUCAGAUUUGUCAAAAGUGGCAUUAUCACUGGAUGGAUAAAUACAAGAGUUUUACUGUAACCUGAAAUAUUUAAUACCAGUACCUAUCAGUAUUCCUGAUAUUAUUGAAAGAAUGAAGCCGGACCUUAAACUUCAUUUUCUUUUGUCAGCAGAUUUAAUUUCUUCAGUUUUAAACUGAAAUAUAACUGACAAACGUUUUAAGUGUUAACCUACAGAAUUAACAAAGACAGAAAAAAACCUGCAAGAUCAAAGAUCACCUUGCGGAAAAAAGCAGUACUGCUUUAAAGGAAAAGAACAGGGUUGAAUUUUUUUAGUAUCUUAAGUCAUGAGUUUUAUGUAUUUGUCCUUUGUGUCUUGGCUUUUAUUAUCUAGGAACGUUAGUGGAAUUAGUUGUGGAAUAAUGGAAUGGGCCUUAUUCACGAGUUGGCCAUUUUUGUCGAGUUCCCUGAACAUAUAUCAUUAAUUCUUAACUGUAGAAUGGGAUGGCGCCAGACUGUUUUGCAGGCAUAAUGCAGCCUUUUUUUACUGUCAUAUUUUAUAAAAUCUGGCUUUAAACAUUAGGGAACGUUUGAUUACAAAUUUUAAAUUAUUCAUUGAAGUAGACUGGAAUUAAGUAGAAAUUAAGUUGGUUUCAUUUCUCUACACAAGUUCCAAAAAUCAAGAUUUUACCUCACUCUCAAUCCAAUAUGGCCGACUCAUGAUUAAGGCCCAUUGAUAAGUUUGCAUUGUUUGUAUGUCCAGGCUGUGUUGUAGUAAGGGUUAAAGGUGUAUGUAGCUGCUCUUAUAGAGCUAGAAAUGGCAGCUUUAUUUUUUGUAAUAGAAUUGUAUUUUUAUUUUGUGGGAUUGUGAGGUUGUGGGCUUAACUUGCUUUUAUGAAAUAUAGUCAUCUUAAGAGAUGUAAAUGAUGUUUGUGAGGCGUUUUAGUGAAAUGAGACAGAACUGGGCACAGGCCGUAGCAGACAAAAAUGCAAACAAAUUACAUUUGAUUUUUAGAUUUCUUCAUAUUUGUAAUCGUUGAUAUAUCUACUACACGUACAAGUAUGUAUGCUAAAGAUAUAAUAUAAAAUAUGUGGAAUUAAAGUGUUUUAAGGAAAACAGUAGGCAUCUUUCGUUUUUACAAAUACAAUACUCUAAACUGCAAUGGCCUUUUUCUCAGUAUUUUACUUUUCUAACAUGUCGAUAAAUGCAAAUUUUAUACAGCCAUAACUUGUCAACAAAAUGUCAGGAUGGAAGUGCAACAAACAGUAUUGUAAGGAGAAUUGUAUUCUCUUUCCUGAUACCUGCAAACCCUCAUUUCGACCUCUGCCCAGUUCUGUGUCAUUUUGCCAGAACGCUUCACAUUUCUCAUUGCAACAUGGAAGGAAUCCUGUAUAGGGAAAUGUGUCUAAUUUGACAGUUAUGGAAAUGAAAUAGUGGACAUAUAAUUUGAGAUAUCUCUUUUGCGAUAUGAAAUAUAUUUUGGGCCCUCGAUACGUAAAUGUUUUCAACUAUAUUUGCUAGAAGUGGUGAAGUUGUAAUCUUCACCUAUUUGGAAUAAAUGUUUUGAACAUCUGAAAUACAGUUUUGAAUAACACAGGAAGCACAGAUUUAAACUAAAGGUACUGUUGAGACUUCGUAUGAAAAAUAUUCUUGAAGUACCUUUUAGGUAUUUUCUCUUUGCAGGGUAUAGGUUUUUCUGAUGUAGCUUUUUUUUGCUCUGCAUGCUAGUAUUUGUUUUUAAACUAAUGUUUUAGUUAACAAAAUUGUACAUCGCUUGUAUCUUGUACUGAACAGAUUUGAGAAGUGCAAAAUAGAAGUGUAUAUUUUUACAACCACAUAUUAAGCAAAGGUUGAAAAAAUGAUAUAUUGUGUUGCUAAUUAAGUUGGAGGCUACAAAGGUGAUUCAGCAUUAAUGUGAAUGAUAUUGGUAUCCAUAUCACAGACUAUGAAAGCAUUCAAUCUACAGAGAUAAGUAAACAAGCAGAGUGUAUUCUAGUUGUGAUAAAUUGUGUUUGUAAAGUGCUGUUGUGUUUGUGUCAGCACGUAAAACGGUGGUAUUUGUGGCAGUGCACAAAACCACAUCGAGACAUGUUCAAUUAAAACAACUUCUCAUAAGAUGGA